AUGCGGCCGACACAAAUUCUCUGCCGGCACUACCGCAAGCUGCGGCUCACGACCAAAGAUGUCAACAAGGGCUUCUACAAGGGCACAGGCACAGGGUCAAUGGGUCGGCACACAAAGCACGGUGGAUACGUGAUUGAGUACCACAAAGUCAGGACAUACGUCGUCCCGGAGGGUCUUGCAGACUUCAAGCUCACGCCUUUUGUCACCCAACAAAUGAGGCCGACCUAUGGCUCUUACAAGGAGCAGGGCGACGACAAGGGUCCCAGAAGCCCGACGGCAUACCUAGAACGAUGGAAGGCGGAGAACGGAUUUGACUAA